GUCAACCGCACACCUGAAAAGUGCAAGUGUGACGUCAUGCUGCGACUCGCUUCCUUCGCCUCCCGCGCUCCGUUGGCCGUCCGAGGCUUCAGCACCAAAACCCUGGAGUAUAUCAAGACCGAUGUUCAAGGAAAGGUUGGCAUCAUCACGUUGAACCGUCCCAAGGCGUUGAACGCGUUGUGCGAUGGCUUGAUCAACGAAGUGAACGCGGAAGCGAAGAACUUUGACAAGGACCCGAACAUUUCAGCGAUCAUUGUGACCGGCAGUGAAAAGGCUUUCGCCGCGGGCGCCGACAUCAAGGAAAUGGCGACGCGCGAGUUCAUUGAAGUGUACAACACGACCAUGUUCGCCAACUGGGGCGACAUCACCAAGAUCCAAAAGCCUGUGAUCGCGGCCGUGAACGGGUUUGCGUUGGGGGGCGGGUGCGAGCUCGCCAUGCUGUGCGACAUGAUCAUUGCGGGCGACGGGGCCAAGUUCGGCCAGCCUGAAAUCAAGCUCGGCACGAUCCCUGGAUGCGGCGGUACUCAGCGCUUGAUUCGUGCCGUCGGCAAGUCGAAGGCGAUGCACAUGAUCUUGACCGGCGGCAUGAUUGACGCCCUCCAAGCUGAGCGCGACGGUCUUGUCGCCAAAGUCGUGCCCGCCGACAAGCUGCUCGAAGAAGCGCUCGCGGUCGCCAACAAGAUCGCUGCGUACUCGCAACCGAUCACGCGCAUGGCCAAAGAGGCCGUAAACGCAUCGUACGAAAUGACGUUGCAAGAGUCGAUCAAGUACGAAGCGCGACUUUUCUACAGCAGCUUUGCAACGCACGAUCAAAAGGAAGGCAUGGCUGCCUUCAUCGAGAAGCGCAAGCCCAACUUCAAGAACGUCUAACUAGUUGUUCCAUCUCUCCAAUCGCACUUUGCAUCCAGAGACGUAUACUACGUGUGCGCAUCAACGUUGUCGGUGUCAUGGGGCAUGAAGAGCUCGCUGGGCCCGCCCAUGGCGACCUUUUGCCUCGUCGUCAGGUCCCUUCAUAUCCAUGAGUUAGGUGCGGAACACUUUUCGCAAAAGAAUUUGAAAAUUCGCGCGAAAUCCUGAAACAUUUUUUCC